GACAAUGUCGCCCCCUGACAAUUGGAGUUCGUAGCUCAAAGAAUCUGUCAGCUACAUUUUCUUAGUACAACAGUUCUAUUUUUUUUAUAUUUUCGACUAUAAUUAAUUCGCAGGCUUAGUCGCUUGAGACGUAUUUGUAUCGUCUCACUCACAACUUUCACGGUUCAAGUAAAAAGAAAAUAAACGCAUACAUAACAACUCACAACGUCUUGAGUUUUCAUAUGUGAAAGGUUAAGAGGGUUUUUGCGACGAUAAGUUUGUUUGUUCAUAAUAAGUGCUUGUGUAAAAACAAUUCAAUCAUGGUGUGGAGCAGUUUUAUUCGAUCACCGACCCAAAAUAUGAAUAAAAUUCGUUUUCUCUUGCCCAAGAUUACUGCUAAAAAUGGCAUCAAUCCCACUCAGGUUUGUCAUUCGGGGAGUAUGGUUAUUACUGCAUCAAGGUGGCAAUGGCAUAAAACAAAAGAUACCAUACACUUUUAUCUCAUGGUAGCUGGAAUACCUAUUACCCUUCUCAUCACUUAUGCUAAUGUUUUUGUUGGACCAGCAACCCUUACCAAAACUCCUGAAGGUUAUGAACCUAAGUAUUGGGAAUAUUUCAGGCACCCUAUUUCAAGAUGGAUGGCUCGUAAUUUCUUUGAUAAUCCUCAAAAAGAUUACGAAAAGAACCUUGCAGCUAUUUAUGAAGAAACUCAACUCAUGAAAGUACGAGCAUUGGAACAGAAAGUUUGGGAAUUGCAGAAAGAAAGACAAGAUUACAAGUAUAAUUACUUCCUACCAUAUGAUACAUUUGGCCUUCGUCAAUUUAGGGAGUUAGUUAAACGUCAAGUCGAUGGCAUGGAAUAAAGGUUUUUACUUCUGCACUAUGCUAUGAAAAAGUGCUAUUAGAUUUACAAAUGUCAACUGUCUUAUGUAGAAAUUGAAAUUAAUAAUUUAUUGAUUUACAUAACAUAGGCUUUCAAGUGGCUUGUAAGUGAUUGAUUUAGCCAAAUUUGUUAAAUAUAUUUAUGAAGUUAGA